AUGACGACAACCAACAACAACAAACAGGCGGUGCCAGGAAUUCGAGAUGGAUGGUUUUCAGAGACGGAAGCCAUGUGGCCGGGCCAAAAGUUUUCACUUGCCUUGGAGGAAUUCUCAGAGCAAAAGUCAGUGCUCUUCCACCAAGACUCCGGACAUCAGAAGAUACUGGUGUUUCGGUCGGCUCAGUAUGGAAACGUCUUAGUACUGGAUGGAGUUAUCCAACUAACGGAACGAGACGAGUUCGCAUUCCAUGAAAUGAUGGUUCAUCUUCCACUUUGUUCACAUCCUAAUCCAAAAUCAGUCUGCAUUGUCGGUGGCGGAGAUGGAGGCGUUUUGCGGCAGGUGCGCAAACACAAAUGUGUGAAAUCCAUUACAUUGGUUGAAAUCGAUCCCAUGGUCACACAAGUCGCGAAACAGUACUUUAGACAAGAUAUUCGGGAUGCUUUUGAAGAUCCACGCUUGACCAUUGUGCAAGAUGACGCAGCCAAUUUCAUUGCGGCUAGAGAGGCGGAAUUUGACGUUAUCAUUACCGACAAUGGGGAUCCCAUCGGUCCAGCACAGAGUCUCUUUGAACCGGCAUUUUAUGAAAAAAUGUACAAUGCUUUGGCUCCAGAGGGUAUCGUGUGUGUGCAAGCCGAGAGUUUUUGGAUUCAUUUGGAUCUCAUAAGUGACUUGCAUGCUUGUUCCAAUGAAAUUUUCUCACAUGCUGAAUAUGCCAGCACCAUGGUCCCCACCUAUCCGUGUGGACAGAUUGGAUUCAUUUUGGCGGGAAAAGGGACAAAGAGUGGCACUUGUAGACGCCCAACGAGAAUACCAGACUUUGUCCAGGACCUCCAAUGGUACAAUCCACAAACGCACAUGGCAGCCUUUGUGUUGCCAACGUUUGUAGCAAAGAGACUGGGACAAUGUAAUCACGACGACGAUGAUGAUGCAGAUGCUAGAGAACGAAUUGACCGUUGCUUUCUCGACAAUUGCACCAUUUCAUAG